AUGAUUACAUUAUGUUUCCUGCUUCUGAUAGCAGUCACGAAAGACUGUGUGUCGCAGGACGAGGACGGGCCGUAUCGUGGCAAGUUUAUCGGGAAACUCAACUCCUACCAUCAUCAGGUGUCCGGUGAAGUGUAUGCUGUUGAUGACUUUACUAUACUUCUGGUAAAUUUCAACUACGAUGGCACCGGAGACGACACAUUCUUCUGGGCUGGAGAUUCAGGCCGGCCUGGCCCACAAGGAUUCAUUGUUCCCAAUGAGUAUGGCAGGACCAACAUCCUGGAACGUUACUACAAUGCAGAGGUGAGGCUGGCCGUGCCCGAGGGCAAGCGCAUCUCUCGCAUCAAGUGGCUCGCCGUGUACGACAUCGGCAGCCAGAACACCUUCGGGGACGUGUACGUGCCCGACGACUUCGACGCCCCGGCCGAGCGCGCCAUCGGCCCGCUCGCCGGCACGCCCGCCGUCUCCAGCAAGCCCGUGCGACUGCUCGACGCCUCCACCAUACUGAUCCCGGAGCUGCGGUACGACGGCAGCGGCGAGGAGGUCUACUUCUGGGUCGGCGUGGGGCCGCAGCCCUCCUCUAAAGGCGAGAAGAUACCUGACGAAUAUGGCUACCUGGAGCCGCUGCGGCGCUACGCGGGCGAGGACGUGCGCCUGGCGCUGGGCGCGCGCCGCGUGUGGGACGCGGCCUGGCUGGCGCUGUGGGACCGCGCCGCCGGCCGCGCGCUGGCCAGCGUGCUGCUGCCCGACGCGCCCAACGUGCCGCCCGCGCCGCGCCAGCCCGCCGCGCACGUCGCGCGCCUGCCGCACUGUCGCCAGCUGCACCGCGACCUGCAGGUGUCCUGGGAGGUCUUCGGCAACCAGCUCACGCUGGAGGUGGCGGCGCGCAUGGACGAGGACGAGUACGCGGCCUUCGGCAUCUCCGGCAGCGACAGCGCGUCGCGCAUGCUGGGCGCCGACGUGGCCGUGCUGCAGUACGACGCGGCGCUGCAGCGCGGGCUGGCGACGGACUACAACGUGACGGCGGCGGCGCCCUGCGUGCAGGUGCUGGGCGCGUGGCGCGGCGUGUGCGCCGACGCCGUGCUGGGCGGGCUGGACUCCAACCAGGUGUUCAGCGCGCGCCGCGAGGACGGCCUGACCAUCAUCUCGUACCGCCGCACGCUGGCCGCGGCCGAGCCCAUGGACCGCGACUGGGCGCUGGACCGCCCGGUGUACGUGGUGUGGGCGCUGGGCCGCCUGGACGCGGCCCGGGAGCCCGCCUUCCACCGCCUGUACCCGCGACACGACGUGUCUCUGCGGCUCACGCAGGACCCGCCCGACAACGACUGCGUGCCCUUCACCGUGUCAGUAUCUAUUUAUACACCCACUCUGACAAAUGUAAACUGA